AGGAUUUACUAUUAUUUUUCGUACAUUAAAUUGUUGGAAAAGUCAUUAAUAACAUCAAUGAAAUUGCUUGCACUAGGUCGGUAUUCUCCAACAUGUCGAAUAAUUCUAACAAUUCCGAUGCUGGGCAGCCAGGUGUUAAAUUUGAAACCAUGCUCGAACAGCUCAACCAUCAGAUAGAAGAAGAACAGAUGAAGAUUGAAAAAGAAAUUAUGAGUUUGAGUUACUUCAAGUUUUUUAUGGACCGAAUGGAUGAACAUCGUAACUUUAUGACUAGUCUCUCUGAAAAGCUAAAGUCAGUAAGGAUGGUGGAAAAACAGAGGGAAGAACCAGAAGAUUUGAGGAAAAAAGUACAAGAGAUUGAAAACACAGUACAAGAGAUUGAACACACAGUUAAACAAAUCCAAAAAUCGCAGGAAAACUUCCAAACGUUUGUCCAAGGAACAUUGGAUAUGAUGAGUUCAAAACUAUAUGAGAAAGAGGAGGACAAGGAGGAAACGAAGUGAUGUUGAGAUCAAAAGAGCACUUUAAUAUUUGCUGAACUAUGUUCCUUUGUCUAAAUAAGCAGUAGCUCACCUUUUCUUAUUUGCUUGAGUUUUGUUUGGGGUAAAACUAAGAGAAGGAGAGUUAAAAUCUUGAAGUUAACUACUAAAUGUACCCCUCUAAUUUUUUUUGCUUUUGAUAUUAUCCAAAACAACUUUCCAAUUUGCUAAGCAUGCCUUUAAUUGCAAAGUAGGAAGAUUGGCCCUCAA